AUACCAGCUCGUGCAUUCCUGCCCAACCAAGCUGUCAGGGAGGGCAACACCAUCUCGUGGGUUCCAGAUGAACUUUCAUCAGACGGAGAGGAUGACGACGACCAACAUUCAGAGGAGGAUCGCCCUGACCAGCAGGAACUGGACGAAGACGCGCCGGAAGUAGCAAGCUCGCUGCCACCUCUAUCACCAUCCAUCACAACACACAACGCGCAAUCCUCUACACAAGAUGAAGCGCCACCUUUGCCAUUUCGAGCACCAGAGCUGCCCUUUCGAGCUCCGCCUUUACCCCCCCGAGCUCCGCCUUUGCCUCCUCGCCCAGCUCAACCGAGUCUCUCUGACUUAGAGAAGGUGAGUAUUACUGGGCCUACGCUGCUGAUGAGCCACACUUGGAAGCGGCGGAGAUGGGCCGUUGGCAAGACCUGCAUCCACUGCUAUGCAAUCACAUAUGCUUCCACCUUACAGUGCACUGUGUGUGCACAAUACAUCCACGAGAAGUGUGCUGCGGGCGUAGGCGCUUGCUGGGACAAAGGCGGUAAACACCCUCCGAUAACUGGCAAAGACCACGCCUUUGUACUGGCGACCUUUAUGAGGCCUACGUAUUGCGCGCUGUGUCAUCAUCUGCUGAAGGGUGUUGCUGUACAAGGCGAACAAUGUAUAGAAUGUUCGUACACAGUCCAUCGCGACUGUCGAAACUUAGCGCAGGCGUCGUGCACUUCAGCCAGCCACUCAACGGUGCUGAACUCAAUGCAGGGGGCAAAGUAUACGAUAGUAGGCUAUUCCAUGCGCACCGAAGGGUUCAGAGCGCACUAUCCCGUAGUGCUGAUACCAGGGCUGUGUUCCAGUGGCCUUACUAUCGAGAAAUCAGAGGAGAAGCCCAGUUGGGAGGUACGCUUUGCUCUGGCCGUGUGA